GGCGCGGGCCAAUCAGCGGCGGCGGCUCCGGCCCCCGAACGUUGGGACAGCGGCCCCGCCCCGCGCUGUUGUUUGUGGUGUCGGCCUGCCGCGGGAGCCCGACCACAACACUCGCCGGCGGCUGGCGGGGCGGGCGCGUCCGGAGGCCGCGGGCGGCGGCGAGAGCGAGCCGAGGGCGGCCGGCCUCCCGCGGCCCCCGAGCCCGGGCUUGCGCGCCGGCCGAGCCAUGUCGGUGAACAUGGAGGAGCUGCGGCACCAGGUCAUGAUCAACCAGUUCGUGCUGGCCGCGGGCUGCGCGGCCGACCAGGCGAAGCAGCUGCUGCAGGCGGCCCACUGGCAGUUCGAGACCGCCCUGAGCACGUUUUUCCAAGAAACCAACAUUCCCAACAGCCACCACCACCACCAGAUGAUGUGCACUCCCAGCAACACACCUGCCACGCCGCCCAACUUCCCCGAUGCACUGGCCAUGUUCUCCAAGCUUCGCGCCUCUGAGGGCCUGCAGAGCGGCAACAGCCCCAUGACGGCCGUGGCUUGCUCCCCCCCUGCAAACUUCAGCCCCUUCUGGGCCUCAUCCCCGCCCAGCCACCAGGCCGCCUGGAUCCCACCCUCCUCCCCCACGGCCCACAGCUUCCACCACCUCCACCACCCACAGCCCACGUGGCCCCCCGGAGCACAGCAGGGGGGCACCCAGCAGAAAGCCAUGGCUGCAAUGGAUGGCCAGAGAUGAGACUGGAUGCCGCCGGGCACUGGGCUGGAGCUGGGGGCAGUCCAGGGUCGUGGGGACACAGGAGGGCUGGGGUGGGGGGAGCUGGGGUGGGUGGGGAUUUCCUGAACAUCGCACUGGAAGAUUUUAUAAAAGCAUUUUUGCGGGGGGGUGGGACAGUAAACUUCCUGAGCCACUUGGGUCCUUCAGGAGUUUCUCUUCAGGCAAGUUUUCUCUUUUUAAUAUAUAACUAUAAUAUAUAUGAAUAUAUAAAUAUAACUAAUGUAUGUGAGAAUGGGGCUGGCUGCCCGGGGUGUUGGGGUCUGUGGGGAAGGGCCAGCACCUCUUCCUCCGCCCAGUCCCAGGGCAGGUGCGUGGAAGCCAGGUGGCUGAUCUUGCAGUCACCAGGUGUCUGCUAGCUGCCUCCUUUCAAAGGUCACACCUUCUGGAGAAGACCACCACCGAUCCACUCGGCAGGAGGCUCUCCCAGAGGUGCCCGGCGGCUGAAGGUGUGGGGGGCCUCUUUGCUAUCAUGAGGGUCUCCCCACCCCCAGUUACUGGCUGGUUCCUCAGUGGCUCUGCAGCUCUUGUCGCCUCUCCUGGUAUCACCCUGUCUCCAGCUGAGCGUGCAGGGCUUGUGUGGAGCUAAAGAGCUGGCUUGGGUCAAAGGCCCAGGCUCUGGCUGGCCGGGGGCUUGACUCUCUACAGCCACCCUGCCUCCUGCUGUGUCCGCCCCCAGCAGGCGACAGAGUGGGGAGCUUGCCUUUGGAUUUAGUUCCCGAAUCAAUCAUCUCACCAGGGUGAACUUUUAAUUUAAAAACUUAAAAGAGACUUUUCUAACUUC